AUGCACAUCUUCCAUCCAGAUCUUUCGCACCUUUUUACUUCAGCGGCAUUCCGGUCGAAAGUCUAUACACUUCUGACCAAGAUGUUGCAGCUGGACGACCAUCAUUAUUUUUACCCGAUAGACUACAAUAAAUACUCAAAAAACGCGUUCGUCAUGGCGGUUCAACAUUGUAGCAAGCUUUUUAUAGAAGACAAGCCAUUUUUAUAUUACACGGUAGAACGUCAAGGGAUGUGGGUAUCAAAGAACGUAAUGCAUGUUCAACGUAAGAUCUGUAGGAAUAUAGUUGCUCAGUACCAAAUUGAACACGCCAUCGAGAGGACAGCCGAUAUUUUACCGCACAUCAGUGUGAAAGUAAUUUUGUUUACGUAUUCUUUUGCUUGUGAAUGUUCCGUAAAUUAUCUUAAUCAAGUGACACGGUGCUUACCCCGGAAAAUCAAAGGACAUCCAUCCCAUCACGGAAAAUCUGGAUCAGCCAGACACGUGACAAAUGCUACUGUCAGUCAUUUGACUGAUCGAUCGACUGCCGAAAAAUUGAAAGUUAUUCGCCAAGGCAGUGAUUGUUGUUCAAGUAAUGGCAUCCUAAUUUUGCCAACAAGUUGCAACUGUAACACCUUCCGGUGCCUAGCUAAAAUGAUACCCGAAGGAAGCACGAGGGUUGGGAUACUGCCAGGUUGCCCAAGCCUAGACAGGGGAAGUCGAGAGGCAGAAGUCGGGUUCGAACCACGGACCUACCGGUCAAUAAAUUCGCGCUCUAACAACAUGGGCCAUCUCGCCCCAAAAAAGGACAACAAAACACAGCAACGUUUCAGUGUUCUCGCGGCAGAGUCGUAUUAG